AAGGAGGGGGGUUGUUCUUACGCAUGCGCUCAUUUCAAAAACUCACUAACAGUCUUUGGUUUCUCAGUCGUCAAAAACAUCCUCUAUAACACCUUUAAGUACAUGAAUAUGCAAUGGCCUAUAGUCACGGUGGAUAUAUAUCAAAAUGCUCCUCUCUACAUACAUUUUUGUAGCUGACUAAUGAGUUUUUGACAUUGAAAGGCUUUUCUGAGGUAAAUGUGACAUUUUUACAGGCUAUUUUAUUGGCGCUUUUCUGCGACUGAAACAAUGAUUGAUCGAUUAACGUUACACAUGACAUGAUAUGGAUUUCAGUAAGUUGUACUGGAUCUUUCAACAUACAUUCGGUAUUCAUUCAUCCUACAUCCAUUCAUGCUUAUUUUGUGUUGUAAAGCGAAAGAGAUUAUCAGUUCACGUGCGCUCUGCCUCUGUUUGAACUGAAGCGCUUCAGCGAUGUGUCAGUCGCACCACAGAGCGCCAAAAAAUAUCAGGACAGCUCGAGAGACGUUUAUGUUCUCACUCUAGUCUAUGGGGAAAGUAUUUUCGAUUUAUUGUGCCUGCAAACCCACCCUGACACCCCCCACCCCCAGAAAGAAAGAAAAACUCUUCGGAUCUACAAGCUUCACAUAAAUGGUAUAUUUUGAUUCACAACUGCGAAUUUCGCCGAAAAGCGACUAGUUUGCAGGUAUGUUUUUGGGCUUGUUGUUUAAGUUCGUCUCAUAAAUCAAACAGGUUUAUGGGGUUAUUAAAGUGAGCACACGUGAAUCUGGAUAUUUUGGUCUUAUUUUCAGCAUUAAGCAUUUGAAUUUAUUUUGGUUUAUUAAGGGCUUGUUCUUGUUCGCAACAUGAAAGAGUAAGGUUUGUGCUUUCCCUCAGAUUCGUUCACCGCACAUACAGAAGAGAGACAGAUCUCUGAUGCACGUUAACAUCAAUGUUUAUUUUAUGGUUUUUAUUUUGUAAUAUGUUGUGGAUCUGUGUUUUUCAACUUCAUUCUGGGCAUCCUGAAUGUUUACAGGAGACACAUCUCCGAUGCACAUUAACGUCAUUAACAACUAGUUCAGUUCGGUUCUGUACACACUGCAUAGAAUUUCUGUAAAUGCGGUUGUCACUACCUGUAUUUUACUGAACUGUGUGUGUACAGAACGUGAUUAAACACUAAAAUGUGAACUGACUACCGAAUCUAGCUGCAGUGUGUACGGGUAUCCCCAGGUCUGGAUUUGAGAAACACUGUUGUAGAAAUGUUGUAGAAACUUAUUUUGAAAUUAUAUGGGUUUAGAUACUUUGUUCAACUCAGAGACCAGGAGGAACAGUUCCUCCUCUCCAGGAGUAACAAAGUGUAUAUUUUGGCUUGAGUGACCACUGCUUGCUUAUGAUAACAAAUAAGGAUCAAGUUUAAGAUUAAUUCAUCCUCUAAACUGCUACACUUCCAGUGAAUGACAAAUUAUUAACCGGUCAUGACUGCUUGCAACUGGACAAAGUAAAUAUUAAGUUAAACUUUCUAACUUCUGUUGUAAAAAGACACCAGAGACCGUUCUUUAUACCAUAAAUGUGCUUAAUGUUUUAUUUUUUUUUAUCAUUUUUUAAAAAUAAAGGUUUCUCCCACAUUAUAUCUAGCCACUAGCCAGCUGGAAAGUGCUCUGCUUGCUAUCUAUCUGAUAGUAAAUUGCAAAAGCAGUCAGGUGAUAUAUUUGCACACAGAGAGACAAACAGACACUCAGAGGCUUUCAAUAUCAGGAGAAGACUUUUUGUCUGGAAACAUGCACUUAGCAGAAAUUUCAUGUCUAGUGAUCAGUAUAGUCUGUUGUGCAGCGCUGGAACAGAGUCCGUCUGGGAAAAGCGGUUGGACUGGGAAGCUGUUAGUGGUACCGAUGGAUGGAAGUCACUGGACGGGAGUGAAGGCCGUGGCAGAGGAGAUGGGACGCAAAGGUCACACAGUGAUUGUGGUGAUUCCAGAGAUCAGCAUGCGUUUGGGUCCAGGCAAACACUACAUCACAAAGACGUUUCCGGUCCCAUCUGAGCUGGAGUUGUUUAACAAGGUAUUGACCAAGCAUGCUCAUAAAUUGACAGAUCAAUCCCUACUGGAGAGUGUGACUUCAGAGUUUAACAAUAUGAAGAUGUUGUUUAACAUGAUGGCCUCUACAAGUGAAAGUCUGUUCAAGAACCAGGAGCUUAUAGAGUUUCUGAGAGCGCAAAACUUUGAUGCUGUUUUAACUGAUCCUGCCCUACCAAUGGGGGCCAUAUUGGCAUAUAAUCUUUCUGUACCUGCGGUGUACAUGUUAAGGGGAAUGCUGUGUGGCCUCGAUGCUGCGGCCACAGCCUGUCCGGACCCUCUUUCAUAUGUCCCACGUUUCUUUACACAAAACUCAGACCGCAUGUCUUUUGGUCAGCGUGUGUGGAACGUUCUUGUGAGCGUGCUGGAACCACUGGGGUGUAAAAUUAUUUACUUGUCCCAUGAGGAUGUGAUGUCCAACUUCCUGCAGAGAGAUGUGAGUCUGACUGAGAUCCUGAGCACUGGAGCUGUCUGGUUGAUGCGGUAUGAUUUCAGCCUGGAGUUCCCCAAACCCCUGAUGCCCAACAUGCAGCUCAUAGGAGGAAUUAACUGUGAAAUAAAGAACCCACUGACAAAGGUGAGCAUCACUUUCACUUAAUAGUCAUCACAUGAUGAGUUUCAAAGCACGUACUAUCAAGUAUAGGCCUACUAGAUAUUCACAAUCAAAUCAAAGUUCAAAUCUGUAUAUGCUACAUGACUAGAAAUGGACUAAAUGAGGUGAUGAAAAGGUCAACUUUUCAAAAAGGCCUGAUAAAUGUAUUAGAAUGUAGA